AUGCAGCUUAACUUGCAACGACUGCUGCUCGCGGCAGUCGCCGCGGCAAUAACGGCAACAGCUUCACCACUUGUUGCCUUUGAGCAACAACCGUUGCACCGGCCAGAAUCAAGCGGCAUCGGCGAAACAGCCUCUCGAAGGCUAACGGGAAAGUUUCUCCAUAUUACAGACCUUCAUUUAGACCGAUUCUACGUCCCCGGCUCGUCGACUGACGAAGACGAGGUUUGUCAUCACGGAAACGGUAAUGCAGGAUACUUGGGCGCGCCGGGAUCCGAAUGCGACUCGCCAGAGCUGCUAGUUGACCAGACCUUCGAGUGGAUAAACAAGAACUUGCGAGACAAGGUCGACUUUGUCAUAUGGACUGGAGACUCUGCCCGCCACGACAACGACGAGCGCAUCCCACGGACGGAAAACCAAGUCGAAGAACUCAAUGCUGUCAUAGCUAAUAAAUUCAUUGAAGUUUUCAGCCAUCGAAGUGACCACCCGGAUGAGGCUUUGAUUGUACCUAUAAUUCCAAAUAUCGGCAACAAUGAUAUUAUGCCCCACAACAUCUUUGAAAAGGGGCCGAACCGCUGGACAGAGAAGCUGUCUCACCUGUGGGAAGCCUUUAUACCGGAAGAACAGCGUCAUACAUUUGUUGAAGGCGGAUAUUUUUACACGGAGGUCAUUCCAAACAAGCUUGCUGUGUUUAGUCUUAACACGUUAUAUUUCUUUGAUUCCAAUCAAGCGGUCGAUGGAUGUGCCAAAAAGUCGGAACCGGGAUAUCACCAAAUGGAGUGGCUGCGCGUACAACUCCAGCUUCUUCGCGAACGAGGCAUGAAGGCAAUUCUCAUUGGCCAUGUUCCUCCUGCCAGGUCAGCAGAUAAACAAGCCUGGGACGAGACUUGCUGGCAAAAAUACACGCUGUGGUUGCUGCAAUAUCGCGAUGUUGUGGUUAGCACUUUUUAUGGACAUAUGAACAUUGACCACUUUAUGUUCCAGGACUCGGAUGACAUUGACAUGGAAAGUCUGCUGCGUGAGGAGCGUAUGCCACCGUUUGUCACGGAAAAUAACUAUGAGAAUUUCACCAUCGAGUCCAAGGGCAGCUACCUGAGCAGUCUUCGUGAUCUGUGGGCAGACUUGCCAGCACCACCUGCAUCCGUUCUUGAAGAUGACUGGUCGAUUUCAGACUUGGACGACAAUGUCGACGCAACAAAGAAGAAGAGAAAGAAGAGCGACAAGAAAAAAGAGAGAGAAAAGAAGAAAAAAUUCUUCAAGAAAAUAGGAGGUAAAUAUGCGGAACGAUUCUCUCUCUCCUUUGUUUCUCCAAGUGUGGUACCUAAUUACUAUCCGAGUUUACGUGUGAUUGAAUACGAUAUUACCGGAAUGGAAAAAGUUCCUACAUGGGCCGAUGUACGGCACAUGGUCGGGAAGAAAGAUGGGCAAUGGGCAGACCGUGAGAUCGAGAUUCAAAAGAAGUCCAAGAAAUCGCCAAUACCGGAGCCGCCGUCCAAAAAUGCUCCUCCGGGGCCUGCUUACUCGAGGCAGCCGUUGACUCUUUUAAAUAUUGCGCAGUACUACGCCAAUAUCACCAAAGAAGAGAAGACAGAGACAACGGGUGCAUCAAAGGAUGGAAAAUCGUCCAAGGGACUUCGGGUCAACUACGAAUUGGAAUACCAUACGAAAGAAGAUGAUACCUAUCAGUUACACGAUCUUACUGUGCGCAGCAUGUACAGUUUGGCCACACGUAUAGGGACAGGUGAUAGACCAUCCUCGUCAUUCACACAGACAGAAGACGAUCACACCGAAAUCGACGAGACCCACGAUACCAACGCCUCCAAAGACCUUGAAGAGUCCAAUGCUGGCAGCAAGAAGGAGAGCACGACCAAGAAAAAGAAAAACCAUAAAAAUAACAAAACAUGGAAAGCAUUUGCUGAGCGGGCGUUCGUGGGAUUUCUCACCUAUGAUGAGAUUGAAGAUAAGUUAUAG